CACUGUGACAAGCAGCUUUGUCCAUCCAGCAGAAUCUAAGGUUGUCUAUGCGACAUGGCGUCUGUUACUCAAAAGCGUCAAAUCGACUCUCUCAAUGCUUUUAUCCACCAGCGGUUGACGAACAUUGCAGGAGAGAUAUGUCAGGUUUUUCAGGAGACUUUGACCGCGUAUCAGGAGGAAAUAAACCACUCCAAACAGGAAAAUGUUUAUCUGAGGAAAAUGCUGGCUGAAAUCACACUCGACAGAGCAGAGAGGCUAAAUGCACAAAGCAGCCAAGCAGAUGGGUUUCCUUCAGAGAAACAGAACCCGACAGACCCCGAGACGUCAGUAAUACAAGUGAAACUGGAGCUUAGUACCACACAGCAGGAUCUUGAACUACCAAAACAAUCACGUCCUUCUCUUGCUUGCAGCCCGGAAUGCUCAGACAGAGCUGAAGAAUCGCAUUGUGAUAUCUUAGAUGAGCAUCAAAGUCACACAGAUGGAGUUCCUUUUCCUCUUAAACCGCCAAACAUUAACCUGGAGCCACAAAACUGCAAUCCUGCACAAAUCCAAGUCAAGCUGGAACCUUUGAACGAACACGAGAAGGCUGAGUCACAAGAGCAGCUGAAUAAUGCUGCUUUACUCAGUUCCAGUACAGUAAAUGGUCUGGCAAAAAAUGAUCACUGUUCCACCACAGCCUCAACCACAGCAGUCUUACACACAUCAGAAAUGUGGAACUGUACAGGUCUCUCCCCCGAUAACUCGUGCACUCCUGGGAAAAGCGACGAUCGGUUCGAGCCUUCCGUAAAAGACGAGCCCGUCUCCCAGCCCUCUUCUCAAUACGAGAAACCGGCGAAUGACUUUUCUCGUCUAAAACCGCGCUUGCAGAGUCACAUCUCUUACAGGCCGCUAUACUGUGACGUGUGCAGAAAGCCUUUCCAAAAUGAAUGGCAACUGAAAAGACAUUUUCUGAAGCACCAGAACAAGCGACCGAACUGUUGCGAGUUGUGCGGAAAGUGCUACAGUACACCGCACGUGCUCAAAAUCCACCUCCGGACUCACACAGGAGAGAGGCCGUAUCACUGCAAGUUCUGUGAAAAGACCUUUAGUCAGAUAGGUCACUUGAAAGGACACGAAAGGAUUCACACUGGAGAAAAAAUUUACAGCUGCUCAGUAUGUGGGAAAUGUUUCACUUGGUUGAGUCAAGCCAAAGAACACAUCCGGUGCCAUCCUGGGCAGAUGGCUAGCGUUCUAAGAAAAAUCAAUCAGUGAUUGAAUAAAAAAAAAACAGGAUAAACAUUGCUUAUGUUUUACUUUGGAUUUUUUUAACUUUUGUCUAGAUUUUGAUUUGUUUUUCAUUUUAAAGGGAAAAUUAUGAGCAAGAAUACUGGAUAAAAGUCCCAAGAGAUUUCUAUUAAUACAUUAAAGAGCAUACCUCAGCAACUGUAUUUCAGUUUCCAGCAGUUUAGCUGUUACAAGAAUAAGGAAUAAAGCACAACAGGAUAUGCUGUUAUAUGAAAAUGAUCAAAAGCAGGAUGGAGUGGUGAUUUUUUUUUUCCAGUAACAAUUUGUCCUGAGGUGUUUUAUUCCACUUAUACCACAACAAUUAAAAAUGUUAUAUAUAUUUUUUUAUUACUUACCAUGUCAUAAGUUUUAUCCCUUUAUAGUUACAUUUUGUAUUGUGUAGUAUAUGCAAGACAAAUUAAUUCAAGACCUACAUUAUAGCAGCUAUAGACAGCUGAGGAAAGUGUGGAUAUGAUUUAUUGUGGUGUCUGGUUCAAUCAUGCUGUUCUGGAAACAAGGACACAGGAUGCUUCCCAAAUAUUUCAGCUGACUUAGCAAUAUCUGACAUUGACUUGUCAGUGCUACGUGGAUGGGAAGCACUCAGAGGAAUGAAAGAAUGAAAAAAAGAUAUUUCUGGGCCAGAAUAAAUAGGCUUUGAAUGAAAAUAAUAGAUUAGAUCAUCGUGUAAACCUACAGUAUAACUUUCCUACUUCCUCUAAAGAAAAAUCCUACCAGUGAUGGUAGUAGUAGUAAUAAUAACAAUAAAAUAAGUAACUAAAAUAUGCUGGUGAUGUGUAGAAUCUUAGAUUCCCUAAAAAUAAACUGUCACUCUUUGCAUGAGAUGUAGAUAUGCAAAAAUAUUUUGUGUACAUCUGAUUCCUCUUGUCCUUGUUUCCUGUCUUCACACCAUGCAGUUAAGCUGGGAAGCAUAUUUAAAGGAAGAAGAAACAUUCACAGAAUCACUGUUAUUUACUGGGGUUUUUUUUUGUUGUUGUUGAAAAUAUUCAGCGAUUAGUAUAUUUUAUGUGGAAGUCUGCCGGAGUGAUGGAUCUGCUGUCAGAUGACCCUUUGGGAUCUUCUUGCUUAUACCGAGAUGUGACUGUGAAAGGACAGAGCUGUGUGUGUGUCUCUACAGAGGAUAGAGAACCUGACAUGAUUGUCUUAACUGAGUGUUAAUCGAUAACACUAAACGUCAUAUGAACACCUUUUAUUCUAAUAUACAAUAUUGCCAAAAUGUGACUUUAACAUGCAUAAUCUUCUAUUCAUUAAGAAGAUAAUGAAUAAAUUUAUUUUCCUUAUUAGUA